AUGGAAUGGCGCCCACAGUGGGACAUCGACCAACGCGAGCCAGCUUGGGCCAGCAGUACCGCCGGUCAAAAUUGGCACAAUCCCUUCGGUGACCAGAAGUACCUCUGGGGGAACACUCCUGCUAUCGACAUCCUUCACUUGGAAGAACACGAAGGAGCCGACCAUCAGGAUAAUGUAAAGCUACUGUUCGCUGCUUCGGGAGAUCUUCGGAAUGUUGUUAAAACAGUCGAAGCCGUGCCUACCACAUUCGCUGGUCGAGUUUUAUCUUGCAUCAACGACCAAGAAUUCCUAGUUGUGGCUCGGAAUGUUUGUCUAUUGCUGUUCGCACUGGGUAUGCAGCAUGAGCGACAGGAUCCUCAGCCUUCAGAGAUGGAGGACGAUGCAGAAGCUCUCAUUCAUUUGUGGUACUCAGCAUUUCUACCAGCGGACGUGCUAUCUCUCUUUCAGACUCGUGUGCUGCCCAUGAUAGGAGACGUCUGUGAUCGGAUCACCAGUGGUGAAGAGGAAUCAACUCUGGGUCAAACAUGGCACUUUCCAUCUGGAGCCACCCUGAAGCUCGUUCUCAUGACGAACGAGUGGGUUGCUUUGCGAGAUUUUCUCAGUAAUCCCCCGGAAUUAUCGCGGAAAGAUGCACAUCGACUACGCGCUGCAGUAUACUUUGCGCCGGAGCGGGAAGAUUACCGUCAUCGUUGGUAUUUCAACGACGAAACACCUUUCAUGCGGAUCGCCAAACAGCGUUUCCGCGAGGAUGGCCUGUUGCUGCCAUUUGGCCAUCCGCGUGGCACAUUUACUGAGCCUAACCCGCUACUCUUCACAUCAUCCCAAAAAUGGCCAAUGGAUGACAAAGCCGAUCCCUUGACUGGCUGGUCAGUCUGGGAUGUGCAUCGCGUUUCAUCUGCUGCGUCGCAGGAUGCCUACGGCAAGCUCUUCAAACAUCUUCGGGGCGUUAUACUCAGCUUUCUCAAACAUAUCAAUACCGGGAAGGCCGACUUCGAAAUUUACUGCCUGGAUAUAAAAAACUUAUCGGCGCAUCUUACAUCCAAUGCGUACAACAGAAUAGAGGUGCCCAAUGUAUCUGACGCAGGAUAUUUGGGCAUCCGAGCAACCGUUCAAGCCUUGGCUCCUCUACUUCAACCGCGUCACCAGAAUCCACACGCGACUCUUAUAACGCUUUUCCUAAACGCGGUUAUGGAAGUUGUCAAGAUGGGCGACGAAAGAGACUCAGCCGCUGGAAUAGCAAACCUUUCUGGCUAUUUACCAUUUCCCCAGCUCCUUCCAGCUCCUUCAAGCAACGACCCGUUUUUACUGCGUCUCUGGGACGCUCGAAGCCUUGUCCUGGAAGCGACCAAAUACUUUGAACAAUACGAGAGGGUUCAUCGUUUUGACCAGGUCGCCCGCGACUUAAACGUCAAGAAAGUCAAAAAUCAUAUCACCGAGGCCUGGCCAACAAGACUGAAGCUUCGUAAGGGGCAGACGGGGUACAAGGAAGAGUUUAACGUCCUGUUGGGCUCCAAUCUAUCUGGCCUUGAACAUUACGUUGAGUGGCAGAGAUACGACUGA